CUUCCGCUCAGCGGAACUCCGGGUACGGGGUGAGGUUGCCUUCGGACCCGGCCUGUGGUCUCGGGCGCGGCCCCAUGAGCGCGGCGCCCCUGGUGGGCUACAGCAGCAGCGGCUCGGAGGAUGAGGCCGAGGCCGCGGUCACCGAGCAGACCAGCCCGGGGUCUGGGGGCCACUGCCGUGGCCAGAGCCCCCUUCCCAAUGAGAGGUUUCCAGUACCUGACAGUGUACUGAACAUGUUCCCGGGCACAGAGGAAGGACCUGAGGAUGACAGUGCAAAACAUGGGGGACGAGUGCGUACCUUUCCCCACGAGCGUGGCAACUGGGUCACCCAUGUCUAUGUACCAUAUGAAGCCAGGGAGGAAUUCCCAGAUCUUCUUGACAUGCUGCUGCCCCAGGCCCAGGCCUACGUGCCCCGGCUGGUGAAGAUGGAGGCGUUCCACCUCAGCCUGUCUCAGAGCGUGGUUCUGCGCCACCAUUGGAUCCUCCCUUUUGUGCAGGCUCUGAAAGACCGAAUGGCCUCCUUUGAAAGGUUCCUCUUUACUGCCAACCAGGUAAAGAUUUAUACCAAUCAAGAGAAGACCAGGACCUUUGUUGGGCUUGAAGUCACCUCGGGGUAUGCCCAGUUCUUGGACUUAGUUUCAGAAGUGGACAGAGUCAUGGAGGAAUUUGACCUCACCACUUUCUACCAGGACCCUUCAUUCCACAUCAGUCUGGCCUGGUGCGUGGGAGAUGCAUGUCUUCAGCUGGAAGGGCAGUGCCUGCAGGAAUUACAGGAAAUCGUGGAUGAGUUUGAAGACUCUGAGAUGCUGUUGCGUGUGCAGGCCAUGCAGGUCCGCUGCAAGUCUGGGAACAAGUUCUUCUCCAUGCCUUUGAAGUAAGCACAAGAAGCCUUGCUUGUCCCAGGCCCCUCUGCCGGGGCAGAUGGCUGCAGAGAUGGAGAAGUCCAAAGGGCUGCUUCCAGCCUCCCUCUAGGAGGUCCCAGGACAAGUUGGAUGCAGUGGUGUUGUGGUAAUUUCUAGAAGUCACCAGUAGAGGGCAGCCUGGACUUCUUAAUGCUUGCUCUGAGGUUAAGCAAAAAGAAAAACGAGGGUGGAGCACCCACCUCCUUCAUCCAGAAUCCUCUUGUCCCUUUAAGAACUGUCCCUCUCCCCCCACUUCCCUCUGCAGUGAUUUCUGUUUUGAUGCCAUUGGCCUCACACCGGGGCUUUUUAAAAUCGUAUAGUGGGGCCAGGGAUUUAGCUCAGUGGUUUUGCCGCCUGCUGUGCAAGCGCAAGGACCCGAGUUUGAUUCGCGAUACCAAAAAAAAAAAAAAAGAAAGAAAAUCAUACAGUGGCUCAUCCUUCUCAAGAAAGGAGAGAGGGUGUUUCAGCGGAUUGAAGUGUCUCUUUUAUUAUUUAGUUUGACUCUCACCCCCCUCCCAUGGCAGUAGAGGCCAUUUCAGGGCCAAGGUAUACAGCUGCUAAUUUGUGGUUUGGCAUCGGUUUUCUCCAUUCCUUCCUCCUACUCACCCUAGCCAGGUGCCUGGGGAGACCUGAGCAGAUGUUUCGUUUUGGCUUGGCCAUGCCUGGAAGCCAGGCCUCCAACGCUCUGUGACGUCUGGCUUCCCAAUCAACUUUCCCAAAGAGGCAGAGAGCUGCGUUCCCCCCCUUCAGUUCUGCCACCUCCUCCUGCUCCCUGCAGCCUGAGCACUCUGAAGGGACACGGAGGAGGGAAGGCCAGGGAUGCACACGAUUUUUGUCAUCAAGCCCUCACCGAGGUAAAGAACCAGCUGUCUCCAGUUGUCAACUGGAUUUCUGGUGAUGAAGAAAUAUUUUUGUUACAAUUUUAAAUUAUGUUCAUCAAAUAAAAAUUUUGUUUUUUA